GUUGACACUCUUGCCGGACUCUCCGCACGACGUACUCUUCCGAAUCUACGAUGGCGGACACUCAGAAAGAUGCGCUGUUCAAGUCAGUGCAGAUCGACGCCCUGGUUGCGAUCAAGAUCGCCACUGCGAGCGGAAAGGCGUUCCCCUCGAUCGCGACCGGAAGCAUUGUGGGCAUGGAGAAGAACGGUGUCCUGGAGAUCACAAACUCUUUCCCCUUCCCCGAUGUAUCUCCCGCACAGGCCGACGGACAGAACGAGACGGCCGCCAACCUCGCGGCUGCUGCUCCCCGCGCCAAGCAGAACGUCGCCUACAGCAACGAAAUGAUAAAGUUCCUGCGCGAAGUGAACGUGGAUGCAAACAAUGUGGGCUGGUACACCAGCACCAGCAUGGGCAACUUUGUCAACCUGAACACAAUCGAGAACCAAUACUUCUACCAGGGCCAGCCGAACGAGAGGACUGUCGCCUUGGUCUACGAUGUGAGCAGGAGUUCGCAGGGCACUCUUAACCUCCGCGCAUACAGACUAUCGUCUUCGUUCAUGUCUGCUUACAAGGAGGGCAAGUUCACCACUGAGAGUCUGCAAAAGAGCGGUCUCCGCUACCACGAUAUUCUGGUCGAGCUCCCCGUAACUAUCCACAACUCGCAUCUCCUCACCUCGCUCCUCCACCAGCUGCCUUCGAGUGCGCCAAAGGAGGAGCUCAAGUUCCCGCCCAACCUAGCUGCCCUGCAGCAAGACCCCAACAUCCCCCAGCCACCGCUCUUCCCGAACUACGACUCGCUCGAUCUUUCCAUCGACCCCUUCCUGGAGAAGACGUGCGACCUGCUCCUUGAGAGCAUUGAGAACCACCACACAGAGAUCAACAACUAUCAAUACUACCAGCGAUCCCUUGCGCGUGAGCAGGCUAAGAUUACGGCUUGGCAACAAAAGCGCAAGGCUGAGAACGCUGCGCGCACUGCCUCUAAGCAGGCGCUCCUCCCGGAAGAUGAAUGGCAACGACUGUUCAAGCUGCCCCAGGAGCCGAGCAGAUUGGAGACGCUGCUCAACUCGAGGCAGGUGGAGCAGUACUCGAGGCAGGUGGAUGGAUUCACUGCGGGCGUCACGUCCAAGAUGUUUGCGGUUAAGAGCAAUCUGCUGCCCGGAGAGUAGCGGGUGGCAGUUCUGGUUGUGUUUCAUGAUAAUGCUUCUCUUCGUCACGGCAUGGGCAUGGCGUUGCGGGUUAGCGAUCCCUGCGACGGGACUGGGUUUGAUCUUUUUAGAUGGGAGAAAGCCGGUGGAUACGUGAAGAGACAUGUGUAGCGUUUGCUUGAGAGCGGCGAUGACAAAAGUUGCGAGUGCGGCAUAAGCGUCGAGUCCAACCACGACUCAGCAAAGCGGGUGGAUGCUAUUCUAAGCUUGCGGCACGAGGAUUGCCACAUACAGAGCUGAAUUAGACAAAGACGCAAUCAAGACACCCUCGC